GCCUCCUUAGCUCACGGGAGGAACAUGGCGGAUCGCCUCACACAGCUGCAGGACGCGGUGAACUCGCUUGCAGAUCAGUUUUGUAAUGCCAUUGGAGUGUUGCAGCAGUGUGGCCCUCCUGCCUCUUUUAGUAAUAUUCAGACAGCAAUUAACAAAGAUCAGCCAGCUAAUCCUACAGAAGAAUAUGCCCAGCUUUUUGCGGCACUGAUUGCACGAACAGCAAAAGACAUUGAUGUUUUGAUAGAUUCAUUACCCAGUGAAGAAUCUACAGCUGCAUUACAGGCUGCUAGCUUGUAUAAGCUGGAAGAAGAAAACCACGAAGCUGCUACAUGUCUGGAGGAUGUUGUUUAUCGAGGGGACAUGCUUCUGGAAAAGAUACAAAGUGCACUUGCUGAUAUUGCGCAGUCACAGCUGAAGACAAGGAGUGGUACCCAUAGCCAGUCUCUUCCAGACUCAUAGUACCAGUAUGUACCCUGUGUCUGAGAAAAGAACUAUUUCAGUGCCAUUAAGAAUUCUGCAUCAAAUUUAGAUGUAAGCCUUACCAACAGUUACAGAAACAUUAAGCACUAGGACACGUUAAUUUUUUAGCUAUUUUUUAAUAGUCUUCUAUUUUCACUCUUGAUAAAUAAGCCUCUAAAAAUUGGAAUUGAACCAGCUUUAAACCAUCAUUAUACUAUCAUUUUUUUUAUUAUCAGAAUUAAAUUAUUGAGGCAGAUAUUGCAUUAAUGGUUAUAAUUAAACAGAUGUACUUUAAAAUUCUAUUGUGACAUUUCUAUCUUUAUUCUUAUCAAAUUUCUACAGUCUUUUUACAAAUCAAAAUAUCCCUUAAGCCAGAGGAGAGGUGGUAAGUGCAGAGAUAUGGGACAUUUCAAUUUAAACUGAUGCCCUUCUGCCUCUUCAGAGAUGACAUUAUAUACAUUUGGAGCUUGGGCCAGGAAAGUUUCUGAAGCCAUGUUUCUUUUAAGAAGCAUGUGGCUGGAUGAGAGUUUAGAUCCCUUUUAUGGAAACAUUCCUCAUUUUCCGGAACCUCGUACCCAUUCUAGUUCAUCUCCACAUGUGUUUCUACUAAGAAAUUUUCUUCUCUGUAGAAUUCCCAUGCUAUUAUGACAACACUUUUCUUCAUCCUGAACUAUCCUUUUUCAUAGCUUUUGACCUGCUUUUUCCUUCCUAAUUUGUGUGGUGAAGUAUGUUCCCUGAGUCAUCAGUUCCUUCUCUUCCUUUUAAUGUAUCUGAAGGUCCUGGUUCUGACUUGUUAACCUGUCAACCUUUAUUCCUGUGUUCUAAUCUGACAAGAACAUAAUUCUACUACAUUGCUUUAUCAUUUUAUGCAUUCCACCUUACUUUGUUAUUGCUAACAUUUGUGUCAGUAUUACCAAGUAUGAUUAUGCAUCCAACUUUUGGUUCUCCUUGAACCUACUGAUUAUUUCUACUAGAAAGCUGGAGUUGAAAUGUUUCCACAUUGUAACUGGUUCUGUCUCCUGAGGCUGCAUUUUUCAGAAUAUCCUGAGCUCCAUUUCCUACAAUCUGUUACUAUCCUGAGUUUAAGAAAGUGCAAGAACAGUAGUCUCAGAUUCUGCUUGUCAUUCCCGUCAUAAUCAAGCUCUUCCACAGUUCUUGAAAAAUACUGCUUAGAGGCACAUUUUAACUCUAAAGUAAAAUUUAUAGAGUCAUUAAUUUUUAAAGUUAAAUGUUCUCCAUACUAAUAAAUAUUUAAAAUGUUAGGUUUAUUCUCUCUGGCAUCACUUAAAAUCAUUUUACUUUUAGACACUAGCAUGAGAUAGGAGAUAAGGAACUCACAAAGUAAUAUUCAAAGUACUGAACCCUAUUCAAUACAAUUAACCCAGAGAGAGAAGUAUGAAAAGUUCUAGCUGUAAGCUGAUAGACUAUUAUUUAUCCUUACCUGAGAGAAAUUUUUUUUUGAAAUUACCUGUUUUUACCAUUUAAGGUGUUAUAGAAAAAUGACAAUGCACAUACUGAACUAUUUAUAAAGAAUGUAUGGAAUAAUUCAUAAAACCUGUGUAUAGCAGCUUCUCUUGGCCAUCAUUUUGUGGACAUGGCUGUUGGAUAAGAAGUCCUCAAAGUUGAAAUGGGGGUAUGGGCAGUGAUGAUUUUGCUGCCCAGCACAUGGCUUUGGGAGGACAAAAAACAAUGGGUGUCUGUGUCUUUCAUCUCCUGGUUCUUACCUACCUUUCCCUUCUACCCAGAUCUAAGUUGUUUUAAGGAGAAAAAUUCUUAAAGAUGGGGCCAUGGUCUCUCUCUUCCAAAAGGACCAUAGACCCAAUAUCCCUGUUGGAAUUUUCCGGAGAACUAAAGGAAAGGAGGGACACAAACUUUCAUGGCUUUGUUGGAUAUGGGUGCCCAAGUUACUGUCAUACCUGGUCUACUGGGGAGAAGGGACACACAAGUUCAACCUUGGGUCUAGGCAAAGUAACCAGUGAGGAAGUUAAAUAUAACUUUAGGGCUAAAUAUAACUUUGAGGCUGUCCUGGUAACACUGUGGUCAUGGCUUCUAUGAAUGUAUUAUUGGAGUAGACACCCUGUACACUUGUCAUUCCCCACACCAAUGCCAGAAAAGAUACUCCCAUUCAGGACAUGGCUAAAGGUAGAGAGGUAGUUGUGUGACAUGUAAAACAGUGCCCAACCCAUCUCCCUGUCUUUUGCCUGUGGGUAACCUGGCUACCAACAAUUUAAUGAACGCUGUGCUCCUAGAAAACAGUUAGCAGUUUGGUUCCUCCUUCCUAUUUUAUUCCAGGCAAUGGCUUAUUGCAAAGAACCAUCUUUUCCCAUAUGACUUUGUUCACCUGUGACGAAGCUAGACCCAGAUCUCCAGAUUCCCAUUCUUUGUCUCAUAAAUGGUUAGUUGAUCUCUUUGUUCCCAAAGACCAAUCUGGACAAAAUACCCUCUAAUGACUUGAUCAAACUUUAGGCUUCUCCCUGCAUAAGCCCCUGAAUUUUAAUCCACCCUCAGCUUGAGCCUGCACUGGAUGUGGAAUAGUCUCUCCUGAGUGACACCUCGCACAAAUUAACUGAUCACUAAAAGACUUUCCCUGAUCAACUGUCCCAUUAUGUCACCUGCUUAUCUCCUUCACACUCAGAUUUUUCAUUCAUUGUUUAUAUACUCCUUUCUAUAAAAAGCUCUGUUCCACCUGAUCUUUGAGACAAUUGCAGAUCUUAUGGUCAGAGCAUUCUCCUUAUUUCCACAAUCUUUUCCAAUAAAGUCUUUCUGUACCUAAA